GUUCCAUAUCUAAUGAUGAGUGAAAGCUAACAACCUUAAAGUUUUUGUAUCCAUGUUCCCAUCAUGCAGACACCAAAGUAUUUGGGCAAUGGCAUGUUCCGCUAAUUUCAGUGACAUUUUCCAAUCACAAUAUCUAAAUCAAAUGAAACGAAUAUAUGUUAGAGUUGGUGUUGCGACGAUCAGAAGGCAUGAGCUCGAAGGAUUUAGUGCUUCACGUUAUAUUUGGACGGUAUUCAAAAGGAACUAGGAAUUGUUUUAGCAGCACCACAAUCACAAAAGUAAUGUCUCAAUUGUCAAAAACUGAAUGCCAACCCAAUAAAUUAUCUUCACUGUUGGAUUCCGCCAAUACGGGAGCUGCGUACUUUCGUCUACUACACAAUGUAAACUGUCCAUCAAAGUUAAGGCUUUUUCAUGCUCAUAUGAUAAAAUGUGGGUGUCUGACGGGUUCAUUUUUAUUCAAUUGUCUUCUUUACAAGUAUGCUAAAAGUGGGAUUUUAGAAGAUGCACGACAAGUGUUUGACAGAAUGCCUGAACGAGAUGUAGUUUCGUGGAACUCUAUGAUUACGGGAUAUGUGCAAUGUAGACAUGACACAGAGGCACUACGGUUGUUUUGUAAAUUGCAGAGGGAUGGAUUAACACCAUCCCAGCCCACUUUUGUCAAUCUAUUGGUUGCGUGUGCCAACACAGAAGCUUUGCAAUACGGUAAGUUGCUGCAUACCCACAUUGUCAAGUUUGGAUUUGCAGGGGAUAUUUGUGUGGAGAAUGCCCUUGUAAAAUUCUAUUCUAAAUGUAGCAGAAUUGAGGAUACGUGCAAAGUGUUUGACAAAAUGCUCAACCGAGAUGAUAUAUCGUGGCAGUCUAUGCUUGCAGGAUAUAUACUGAAUGGGUGUGUUGAGGAAGGCCUGAAGUUAGUCAGGAAUAUUGUGAGGGUCGGUGUGAAGGUUAGUCAGUUUGGUUUUUCUGGUGUCCUUAGUGUUUGCGUCGGUUCGGAGUUUGGUGAACAGGGUAAGCAGUUGCAGGCGUAUAUUCUUAAGAUUGGUUUCAUCAAUGAUGUCUCAAUAGGAAAUGCGCUUAUUAGCAUGUAUGCCAAGAGCAAGAGCAUGGAGGAUGCAAGUAAAGUUUUUUAUGUAUUGUGGAGCCGAGACAUCGUGUCAUGGAAUACAAUGAUUUCAGGAUAUGCACAGAAUGGCAAUGCUGAUAUUGGUGUGAAGAUAUUCUUCGAGAUGCAACUGGCAGGUGUGAAGCCGAAUCAGUCUACCAUUUCGAGUUUUGUCACAUCCUGUGCUGGCAUAAAAUGUUUGGAAAAGACCAGGCAAAUCCAUGCGCAGAUAAAGAAAGUUGUGGGUGAUUUGGAUAUUUCUGCAGAGAAUGCUAUAUUGAGCAUGUACGUUAGAUGUGGUAGCAUAGAUUAUGCACAUCAUACGUUUCAGAAAAUGGUGGAAAGGAAUUCAAUUUCUUGGAAUACCAUGAUUGCAGGAUAUACUCAGUAUGGGUUUGGAAAGGAAGCUUUACAUCUUUUCAAUGAAAUGCAGUGGGAAGGCGUAAAAGUAAAUCACGUUACGAUCUCUAGUGCACUCAAUGCAUGUUCUAGUCUGGUAUCUCUUGAACUUGGCAAAGAGUUGCAUUCUGUUAUAGUGAAAUCUGGACUAGAAAGAAAUAUUUUCAUAGAAAAUGCCCUACUUAUCAUGUAUGAAAAAUGUGGAAAUGUAGAGGAUGCAUUCAGAAUUUUUACCAAAAUGCCUGAACGAGACGUUGUCUCAUGGAAUAUGAUGAUUGGGGGAUAUGCUCAAAAUGGUCAUAGUAAGGCAGGCUUAGAUCUAUUUUGGAAAAUGCAACAAGCUGGCAUAAUCUUGAACCGAUUCACCUUAGCCAAUGUUCUCAGUGCAUGUUCAGGUUCUAAAGACUUAGGAAAAGGCCAACAGGUACAUGCCUACAUAGUCAAAUGCAGAUUUCAGUUCGAUGUUACUUUGAUGAAUGCUCUAGUUACCAUGUACAACAAGUGUGGGAGUGUUAGAGAGGCAUAUGAACUAUUCACAGAAAUGACUAUUGAAGAUGCAAUUACUUGGAGUGCAAUGAUUGCAGGUUUUUCUCGGUAUGGAUAUAGUAAAGAGGCAUUGGAGCUAUUGUGCCAAAUGCAUCAUGCAGGCAUCAAAAUGCAUCAGAUGACCUUUGCCAGUGUUCUCAAGGCAUGUGGCAACCUAGCAGCUCUAGAACAGGGAAAGCAGUUUCAUGCCCAGAUCAUAAGGAAUGGAAUGGAGUCAGAUAUCUCUGUUGAUAAUUCUGUGAUUACUAUGUAUUCUAAAUGUGCAAAUAUAGAGGAUGCACGCAGAGUCUUUGAAAACAUGGCUGGUCAAGAUAUUGUCUCAUGGAAUGCAAUGAUUGCAGGUUUUGCACAUCAUGGACAAGGAAAAGAAGCCCUUGAACUGUUUGGAAAAAUGCAAUUGGCAGGAAUAAAGCCAGAUCACAUCACCUAUGUAGGUGUUCUAUCUGCGUGUAGCCAUGUAGGCCUGGUAGAAAAAGGUUAUCGCUACUUUAAUUCCAUGGAGAGAGAUUAUGGCAUCAUACCAAGAGAGGAGCACUACUCUUGCAUGGUUGAUCUCCUUGCCCGUGCUGGUCAGCUGGUUGAUGCAGAGUUAUUCAUUAAUAAAAUGCCGUUUGAGCCUGGAUCUUUAGUGUGGCGUACCUUGCUGGGUGCUUGCAGACUCCACUGUAAUGUGGAGCUGGGAGAACGUGCUGCAGCACGCCUACUUAAGUUGGAAUCACAAGACAUGUCAACAUAUGUGCUUCUUUCAAAUAUCUAUGCUUCUGCUGGCAGAUGGGAUGAUAGAGCAAAUCUAAGAAAACUGAUGAAAGACAAGCGGAUGAUUAAGGAUCCAGGAUGCAGCUGGAUUCAGGUGAAAAAUACUAUGCACACCUUUUUUGCAAGAGAAAGAUCACUUGCAGAAACAGAGCAAAUCUUUGCGGAGUUGUGCUAGCCUGAAUGCAAGAGAAGAUUAUAUGACAAACAGUAAAGUCAUUCUGCAUGAUAUUCACAGGACCUAUCACUCGUCCAAAUAAUCGAAAACCAUCGUAUGUGUGAGAAUAGUAUUUCUUCAUGUGGGGUUGUUGGGGAUACUCUGAAAGUCAGACACAUUUCCUUGUGCUUGGACUUAUGAACAGACAGAAAUGGCAUGCUAUUCGUCUUACUAUGUAUUUAGAAUCAGGGCGAUAUUUUUCUUUGUUAUCUCUGUUGCCCAAGGUUUUUGAGACAAGAUAUUCAGAGUCGUCUUCCUUUCUUUAUCCACGAUGGCAGGUUGUGAGGUGGGUUACUUUUUCAUUGAUGUUUGAUUGCUUUGGUUUGAAGUCAAAAUUAUCUGCUCGUUAUGCAAAAUUUUGAGUUUAAAUUGAAGUUACAAUGUGUGUGGAUGUGCUAUUUUUGCCUAGUUAGAGUUUUUUGCACGACAAUCGUCUGACUAAUUUCAUUGGCAGUAUUUGACUAAUAUAUAUACAAAAGAUAGCAUGCAGAACUUGCUUGCUCAAUCACGUGGCAGAAUUGGGAAUAUUGUUCACACAACAGGUAUGAUAGUGAUAAUUUUAUUUUAAAGCAAGCUUUCCGCUCAGCAUCUUGAUGAACCUGGAUACAUGCGUUAUGUUUAAAUUUCUGGAAUUGGCUCAAUGUCUUGUGCUGAUCUCUAUUCUCAUUUUUUUCAAGUCUGUUCUAAUCAUGUCCAAGUUCAUUGAAAUUGUAAAAUUGGAGAAAUGGUUGCAUUUAAAACCAACUUGUUUAAAAGGUUACAAGUUAUAUUUGGUUCCAUUAUAUUCUAAAUCUACUCACCAUUAAAGUGAAUGAGAACUUAAAAUGGCACAUGAGCUGCACCCUAAUGGCAUGAACCAGAUUACUCCUGCUCUGAUACCAAAAGUUGGUUAAAUGGUGGACGAACGAGUGGAUCAUUAUCUUUGCAUGGAAGGUGAGUCUUGUGGAUGACAUCAAGUUUGAUCUUUUGAAGCAUGAUCACAUCAAUGGGUUCACGCUCCACAUGAUGAAGAAGCACCAGUAGCGGACUGUUGUGGUGUUAACUUGUGGAUUUGGAGGUGGAAGUGUUGGUGUUGUGAAAUGUUAUCUUGCAAACCUCUAAAGUGUUAUUGUUGUGAUCUUGGCAUCAGUAAGUUCAAUGAAUGAGUUCCUCUAAGAGAGUGAACUAUGUUA